CGUCGCCUUGGAGAAGCCACAGUGGUGACGUCAGACAUCUAAAGGCAGAAGCGAGCGCGUUUGAAGCCGAGUAGGGCGUGAAAGUGUGUGUCGUGCCGCCCGCUACUUUUAGUGUCCUCUUGAUCAGGAUCAACACACAAUUAAAUAAAUAAAUAGCCAACAAAAUAAUAACUAAUAAGUAAAAUAUGUCAGAGUAAUAAAUAAAGUUAUUUAAAUACCGGUAGUGUGGUUAUAAUUCGUGUGACAAUAAUGCUUGGUGUUGCGAUUAACAGUGUUGUGUGAUAAACGUUGUGUGUUGAGUUUAGUUUAGUAUAUACAUACCAUGUUCCGCUGCAUUCCAAUCUUUAAAGGGUGUAACAGGCAGGUGGAAUACGUUGACAAGCGUCACUGCUCACUGCCAAGCGUACCCGAGGAUAUCCUCAGGUACUCGAGAAGUCUAGAGGAACUACUUUUAGACGCCAAUCAUAUCAGGGAUUUACCUAAGAAUUUUUUUCGGCUACAAAGGCUAAGGAAACUUGGGCUCAGUGACAAUGAAAUUCAUCGGCUGCCGCCAGAUAUUCAAAAUUUUGAAAAUCUUGUCGAGCUUGACGUCUCCAGAAAUGAUAUACCUGACAUUCCUGAGAACAUCAGGAAUUUACGAGCUCUACAGGUGGCGGAUUUCAGCAGCAAUCCAAUACCACGACUACCGGCGGGCUUUGUGAAGCUGAAAAAUCUCACAGUACUCGGCCUCAAUGAUAUGUCACUCACUAGUUUACCGCUGGAUUUCGGAAGUUUGGAAUCUUUGCAGUCGCUUGAAUUGAGAGAGAAUUUACUUAAAAACUUGCCUGAAUCACUUUCGCAGUUGAGUAAACUCGAACGACUAGAUUUAGGUGACAAUGAAAUUGAAGAAUUACCACCGCAUCUCGGAAAACUGCCAGCACUUCAAGAAUUAUGGUUGGAUCAAAAUCAGCUGCAACACUUGCCCCCAGAAAUCGGUCAAUUAACCACCCUCGCGUGCCUUGACGUUUCGGAAAAUCGAUUAGAAGAUUUACCAGAAGAAAUACGUGGCCUCGUGUCAUUAACCGAUUUACAUUUAUCUCAAAAUGUUAUUGAAAAACUGCCCGAUGGUAUUGGCGAGCUUAAAAAAUUGACCAUUUUAAAAGUUGACCAAAAUAGAUUGACAAGUUUGAAUCCAAACAUCGGUCAAUGUGAAAAUUUACAAGAGCUGAUAUUGACGGAAAAUUUUUUAUUUGAAUUACCAGUUUCAAUUGGCAACCUUCAUAAUUUAAACAAUUUAAAUGUCGAUCGUAAUAGUUUGCAGUACUUGCCAACGGAAAUUGGAAAUCUAAAGAAUUUAGGCGUAUUAUCGCUUCGUGAAAAUAAACUACAGUAUUUACCUAGUGAGGUUGGACAGUGUACGGCUCUUCACGUACUCGAUGUGUCGCGUAAUAGGUUGCAGUACUUGCCGUACUCGUUAAUUUAUUUAAAUUUAAAAGCUGUUUGGCUAAGCGAAAAUCAAGCGCAGCCGAUGUUGACUUUCCAAACGGAUAUUGAUGAGGAUACUGGUCAGGAAGUCCUUACUUGUUUCCUAUUACCACAGCUUGAGAAUAAUGCAGCAGGCUUACAAGAAGGAGGACCCUUGAGCAUGAUAGUGGGAAUGAGAAACGCGGUUCAAAAUAAUGAGAUGAGGGAGUUAGCCAGCAGCGACGAUGAGAAUUGGCAAGAAAAAGAAGCAUCGAGGACACACUCGGUUAAAUUCACUGAUGAUGGGCCAGAGGCCGACAAGGAGACACCAUUUGUGCGGCAGAAUACUCCUCAUCCGAAGGAAUUAAAGGCUAAAGCUCACAAGCUCUUUAGCAAGGGAAAGAACGAUAGUAGAUCAGGAUCAACGGAAGAGCAGGACGUCUCUCAAACAUUUGGCCUCGACAAAACUGAUGUAGACGCGACUCACGCCAAUGAAGAAGACCAAGCAGAAACUUCGCAUCCUGUCACAACUACUAUCGGCGAAGGAAAACCUGACGAGAGUGCGCUAUCGAAUCAAGUUAAAGUUGCUGCGUCAGAAACGUCAAACGAAGACCCGGUUACUAAAUUUAACGAUCGUGAAAAUGAAAUCCAUCAUCAGCCAUCAGAACAAUUGUCUCCGGACGCUGUUGAUGUCGAGGUUUCAGUGUCAGAAGUAUCUACUAGGGGUAGGCAGGAGGGUGGUGAGGAUGAUUCCGAGGGUGAUGAUGAUGAUAUGUCACAUAGACGGGUUGAGUUUACAAUAUCUGAAGACACGGAUUGUGAGGGUGGGGUUAAUACGGGAAAGCCGAACAGGCUGCAUCGACGUGAUACCCCGCAUCAUCUGAAAAACAAACGAAUACACCCCGCAAUUGACAAGGAUAAAGUCGCUUCCAUCAUCGCACAGGCAAUGAUGAAGAAAAACGACGAGACAUCCGUAUCCACAAGUCUUCCUACCGAGUCUGUCGACAAUUACGACAUUCACAGUCAAGGAGCAACGUCAGACGCGGAACCGUCACUUGAAGUACGAGAAGAGCAGUAUGAGAUUCAUAUUGAGAGAACAACAGGCGGUCUGGGUUUGUCGAUUGCAGGAGGCAUUGGUUCGACGCCAUUCAAAGGAGACGAUGAGGGGAUUUUCAUUUCCAGAGUUACUGAGGGUGGUCCAGCCGAUUUAGCAGGGUUGAAGGUUGGCGACAAAGUUAUUUCGGUAAAUGGGGUUUCAGUGGUUGAUGUUGAUCACUACGACGCAGUUGAAGUUUUAAAAGCUUGUGGAAGAGUCCUUGUACUUGUUAUACUAAGAGAGGUCACGCGAAUAGUACCACCAUCUGAACAGCAGUCAACGAGGAAAGACUCUGUGUGCUCGAGUCUGAGUACCAGUCGUGCUCCAAGUGCUACCUCUUAUGUGUCGUCGACUGCUCUGUCUCAUAAUCUAGAAAACGGCGAUACUUUGUCGCGUGAUUACGUCAAAACAAAGAAAAUUCCCGAGCCUUUGCCUGUAUUGAGUAAUGAAGAGACAUUAGUACCGGUGCUUGUGCACACAACAUUAAUACGAGAUCAAAAUGGUCUUGGGUUCAGUAUUGCGGGCGGAAAAGGUUCAUUGCCUUUCAAAGACAAUACCGAUGCUAUAUUUAUAUCAAGAAUAACCGACGGCGGCGUUGCACAGAGAGACGGCAAAUUAUUAGUUGGCGAUAGAGUUGUAUCGAUCAAUGGGGUCGAAAUGAGCGAAGCAAAACACGAGCAAGCUGUGUCGAUGCUAACAGGUCUCGAAAGGUUCGUUAGGCUGGUAGUUGAACGAGAGAUACCUAUUUCCCAGGCGAGCUCGUUGAUGCAAGUAACUCCUUCGGAAAAAUCUCCCCGAUUGAUCGGCGCAUCCACGCCACGUCCUUACACUGGGCUCUAUACUGCUAACAGUUAUAUGGCGAAUCGACCUGGUUACGCCGGGUAUCGACGUUCUAUUGACGCGGACAAAACACUCUCGCCAAGUCCGACAGCAAGAACGCCACCUCCUCCACCACCGGCGCCACUCGCGCUUGCAAAACCCGAACAACAACAGCAACAACCUGUCAACGGCAUUCCCAAGAUGAACGGCGUGAGCGACAGUUCUAAUAACGCCAAAGUGAUAAGUCCUACGAGUAUUGUCAAUCCACCUCAGCCUGCGCCUCGGCAAACUAUACCAGCUUCACAGUCGCAGCAACAACUACAGCUACAACCGCAGUCACCUCAAUCUCAGUCUCAGACUCAACCUCAACCUCAAUCGCAGCAUCAACCAUCUCGACAAUCAGGCGCGACAACGCCCAGCCAACCAGAACCAGCAAGAGCGACAUCACCGCAGGAAGACAUACAGGUACCGAAGCCAAUCACCAACGAGGAAUUUCAGGCCAUGAUUCCCGCUCACUUCCUACGACCUCCGACCUCCUCGCCCUCGCCAGACUCCCAGCAGGGUCCAGUCGUUACAGUGACUAUCAAGCAGCCUGAUAACUUACCCGGAGACGUUAACUUUCCUCCGGCGCCCACUACACUUGGUAAAGUUACCGAGACCAUCACUAAGAGUACACUCACCGAGACAGUUGUUACACGUGUCACCGACAAUCAUCUGGUCCAGCCAGUUAUCAUUGAGGACGUUGUACUGAUGAAGGAAGGAUCGCUCGGCUUUAGCAUCAUCGGUGGCACCGAUCACUCUUGCACGCCAUUCGGCGCUAAAGAACCUGGUAUUUUUAUAUCUCAUGUUGUACCUGGAGGAAUAGCUGCUAAAUCUGGCAAACUUCGCAUGGGUGACAGGAUAUUGAAAGUCAAUGGAACAGAUGUGACUAAAGCCACGCAUCAGGAAGCUGUCAUGGAACUAUUGAGGCCUGGAGAAUCAAUUGUUUUGACUGUGCAGCACGACCCGUUGCCAGAAAAUUAUCAGGAACUUGUGAUAGUUAAAGAACCUGGUGAAAAAUUAGGCAUGCACAUAAAAGGAGGACUUCGUGGUCAGCGAGGAAAUCCACUAGACCAUACAGACGAGGGCGUAUUUAUUUCGAAAAUAAAUUCCGGCGGUGCUGCUAAGCGUGACGGAAGAUUGAAGGUGGGCAUGAGAUUAUUAGAAGUCAAUGGCACAUCAUUACUGGGAGCUACGCAUCAAGAAGCGGUCAAUAUUCUUCGUUGCUCUGGCAAUACGAUAACUCUGGUUGUGUGCAAGGGAUACGAUAAAAACGAAGUCGAGCACUUGCUGACACUGUCCGGAAGAGAGUCUAAAGAGUCACGAAGAUCUCAAGAUAUCAAAGAAACCUCACCGACUGAAGGAUUAAAGUCUUUGUCUCAGAGUGUCUCGAGUCUUGACCGAGAUGACGAAGAGGCCGCGACACUGAGACAAGAGCAAGAAAUGAAAGAAGAGCUCGUCGCUUGGGAACAAGAGGAGCGCGAACGGGCGUUGAUUGAACACAGAGAAAAAUCAACUCCUGAAAAAGUUAUGGAUGUAGUAAGGGCAGCUGAAUCAUUAGUUAAUAAACCAAAUAGUCCUGUUGAUACUCCUGUGCCACCAAAGUCACCUGGUGGAACAAAAGAUCUUAAAACUACGACUAUUGUAAUGAGUAAACACACACUGGCACCACAGAAUCCCACUGCGCUACAUUCAAAAUUAAAAGAAGAAUACGGUACAUCUGUGGAUGAUCCUACGUCAACUGAACAAUCAGUAACUACUUGUACUUCUACUACUGCCUCUAUCAAGUCACAACCCCAUGCAACAACGACCAAUCUAGAUUGCCACUUACAGUCUCAAUCCCAAUCCCAGUCUCAAUCUCAAUCUCUUACUCUUCCUGCUAAAUCGAAGAGUAAAUCAAAUGCUAAGCGAAGUAUUACCUUUGCAACUCUUCCUUCUCCUUAUAAAUCGACUCAAUGUAUAACAAGUCCUAUCGUUAACUCAAUGCCUGCCAAAGAUAACCGUCCAGUUUCCAUGCACGAAAUAUCUAGUUACUAUCCAGCCGCUGAUUUUUAUAAAAAAAAUAUAUCUAACGCUGAUAACAACAAUAAGUUACCGCGUUUUCGGCUCCCUCCGACGCCACUGACAAGUCCGGGGUGUAAGAAGGAUUAUUCUGGGUCUAAGAGUAUCACCACCUCUCUUAACGAUAUACAGAUUGCACGUUCUGUUGAUGGAAAAAAUAUUGUGGUUGAGCCGUCGCCGAGUCCCUCACCAACGCCAGCUAAAAUGUCUGUUAGCGAUAGGAAAAAAUUAUUUGAAACUGCUGUUGAAGAACAUCUCAAACCAUCUCCAAAACCAGAAAAAGUGUUCACUUUCCUCAGUCAAGAUGAGGUAGAAAAAUUGAAACAAGAAGAGGAGAGAAAAAUAGCAACUCUCACACGAGAUGAAUUUAAAUCAUGGGCUCAGAUCGAUGAUAUGGAAGGUCUCGAAGAGUCUGAAGAAAUAAUCGAACAUGAUAAUAGAAGACCUAAUAGCCGGUUAAGCUCUCGAAGCUCAUUACCUUCUCUUCAAGGCUACCCGAGUAUUGUAAGGACGGCGAAAGCUGAGCGGCGAAUGAAAGAAAAGAUGAAAGAGGAGGGAUUGAUCUCAGAUGAUGAUGAAGAAAGUCAUUUAAGUCCUGCGGAACAGCGUGCGCUCCGUGCUGAAAAAAGAGCCGCUUGGAGACAUGCUCGACUCAAAUCAUUAGAACAAGACGCUUUGCAAGCGCAAAUGGUGAUUAAAAAAAUGAGUGAAAUGAUGGAUACUUCUGCAAAAGACGGGUCUACUUUACCUCAAGAUCCACAACAACCGGAAAAAAUAGCUGAGUUUGGUACAUUAAGGCCGUCUAGCGCGGAUUUUCCAAAACUUGCCGUACGCAGCAAGGUGGGUCCGCCUAAAGCCGUACGCGAAUCCGAAAAAAUAGUGGAUGAAAAGGUAACUCGGCGUACUGAAGAGUAUGUGGAUGAAGUCACUGGCGAACGUCGCGUCCGAACAGUCGAAUACGUCGAAAAGCUCAUUGAGCGCGAGGUCGAAACGUUGAGAGAAAAAAUCAUAUCGUUGGAGCUGAGCAACGCGGAGGAGGAAGUGGAUACCGGUAAAGUCGCUGCUGACAGCGAGCCCGAGAGCGAGAGUGAAGAUUUGACUGGGCAAGAUUUGUCAACAAGUGUCGCGGUUGAAAGCUCAGAUUCGUUUAUUUGCACGAGUCCGACGACGGAAACGGCACCAAGUAUCGGUGGUAAAAAUGUGGGCCCCAAUAAUUCCUCGGCGGCAAAGAAGAAAAAACGAAAGCGGUCGAAAAAAGGACGAAAUUAAAAUUUAUUGAUUUAGUCUGGUGCGAUGAUUAUUAUUAUUAUUAUUGAUAGUAUUGUAUAGUAUAUAUACAAUUUUAGAUAGGGUUUUAGGUCACUGAAGAUCAAAUUUUUAUAAUAAAAAUGGAUUAUUUAAAUUUAUGAAUAAUAUAUAUAAAUGUAGUUAUUGAUAAAAUCAAGUAAAUUCAAAGUGUUGUAAUUAAUAAGACAAUAUUGUUGCAAUUGACGUAUGAAAUUAUGUAUUUAUAGAUUUUUUAAUACUUUUUCUAAGCAGCAAUUUAACAACUAAAUUUUUAAUCAAUUUUUUAAAAUAUUUUUUGAGGUUUUUAAGGUUACAAAUUUUUUUUUCUAUUUCAAUUUAAACCUCUAUCUUUUUUAAUUACGUCCAUUCUUAGAUAUUGUCUCCCACUUUUUAAAAAUUUUCAGUGACUUUCCAUUAAUUAAAAAAAAAUAAAAACCGUAAUUGAAAAACAUCAACUUGCAAUUUCGCCGAGGUAUAGAUUUUUAAAAAAAUUAUUUACAAUUUAUAAGAAUCUGGAGCUGAACGAAAUUUGGAAAAUAAAUUUCAAAAAAAUUUUCAUGUUAAUUUUAUAAUUCGAAUUUUUAAAUUUUGGCGGCUAAAAUUUAUUCAACAAAUUUCGUUUAACUCCUAAUUGAUAACAUUUGUAAGUAACUUUCUUUAAAUUCUAUAUCUUAGGAAAAUUGUCUUUUUUUCAAUGAAGGUUUUAAUUAGAUCUUUAAUUAAUUAGUAUAAUUUUAAUAUGAUUAUGACAGUUAAGUCAUUGAAAAUUUUAAAAAAUGGGGGGUACUGUCAGAGAAUCCUUAAAAGUUUUAUGGGAUAGAUUUUCUAACAAGCAAAGUUUAUACUGAUCAUUAAAUAUCAACUGGUUAAUUAAUUAACUAUCAUACAAAUACACAUUCCUAUAUAUUUUAUACCAGACAUCACAGAAAUAAAAAAAUUCCGGCAUAAAUAAUAUAUAUUUAUAACUUUCUUAAACUGCUGAUCUUGCCCCCCAGUGACCAUGUUCAAAUAAAACAUUUCAAGGAUGAAUGUUUUUAAGAAUUUAAGUAAAUACAUAUAUUAAUAAAUAAAUAUUUGUAUGAAUUUAAACUGAUUGGUUUUGAUGUUAUUAUAAAGUAGGCGAAAAAAAGUUUAAUGAAAGUCAUAAAAAAUACAGUGUGUAAAAAAAUAUUAUAUUUAUUUGAUAAUGUUAAGUAGAUAGAGCAAGAUUUUAAGGGAUUUUAAAUCCCAAUUCAUUAACGACAAUUAAAUAUUUUUUUUUCUUUUUUUAUUUGAGUAUAUAAAUUUUAAUAAAUAUGAUGAAUAGCCCGGAGAUUCGUUUUUGUAUUAUGGGUGCAAAUGACAAAUUUAUUAUUAUUAUUAUUUUAAAUAUUAUUAUAAUUAAAAUAAUAAAUAUAUUUUUAUUAAUUUUAUAUGGAUUUUUGGUCCAAAUGAACGGGAAAGUUUAUCAGUAUAAAUUUAAAUUAAAAAUCUUGGGCGCUAAAAAAUGAAGUAAAUUUAUUCAAUUAUAAACUAAGCAAUUUUAUUUUUUUUUAACGCUCAAGAUUUUAAAUUUAAAUGUAAAAUGAAUUUUACAUCUGUUACUUAUAAAAAUAAUCAAGUAACAGCGCCUUAUUAUAAUAGUAUUAUGUUUGUGACGGAUGUUACAAUAUUUUCAUAUGUCGUUGCACAUGUUGUUGAUCGAUUCAUAUAUAUGCUAUAGUAAAUUAUGUAUAAAAAUAAAUAAUAAUAAUAAUAAUAAUUACUACGAGUGCUUGCGAGUUGAAAAAUCUAUCCGACAGUAUAUUGGAGAUCAUUGAGCGAGGGACCAAGAAUUAACAUUUAAAUUAAUUAAUCAAUCGCAAACGUCUCUCAUUAAAUCCCGUGUAAAAAAUUGUUGGAAAAAGGUUGAAAAAGUGUUGACUUAUAAACUUCAAAACGUGAUUCGACGAUAAAUUAUUUUUUGAACGUUUCUUAAACUUUAAAAUUCAACAGGAAAGUCAAUCCUGAUAUUAUUAAGAUAUACUAAAACAAAAACCCUUCAGAAAUAGUUCAAGAUCGGUUUUUUCUGAUGCAUUUUCCACUAAAGAUAAUGAUUAAACCUAGCACUUUUAAUGGAGCGAAAAAAAAGUUUACAAAUAAGUCAAAAACGUGUAAUAUUCAGUUACGAUCCUGAAGUUAGCAGACAGAUAACAAUUUUCGGAUUUUUUUUUAACCAAUCAAUUACAAAAAAAAAAAAACUAAAAAUAUGCACAUGUAGAAAAUUAAGAAAGCUACUGGUGCAAUUUUUUAAAUAAUUUUUUUUUUUAUAGCUUAUCGUUUUUAAAAAAAGUCAAAAAUUAUUAAACGUCGGCUAACUUCAAUAUCAAUUAUAAAUCGAUUGUUUUUUUCUUUGUAUUUUUAGAAGUUUAAAAAAAGUUUGUCAUUGUGUCACGUUCUGAAGUUUAGAAUAGUCAAUACUUUUUCAAAGAUUUCUUUUACACGGAUAGAAAAAAAAUAGUAAUUACUCAUAAAAUCAGACGCUUGUGGCUUUUAAUUUUUUCGUAAUGAUUAAAUUAACGCGUUUGAGUUGACAAUAAUCAGAAAAACAAACAGUAUACGGCGUAAUAUUAUUUAUUGAUAGAUUGCACCGUUAUCUUCAUAUUUUAAUUAUUAUUGUACUGUAAUCAUGGAUAACAAGGUUGAUAUUUGUGAAAUAUUUAAAAAAAUGGGUUUUAAAAGUGCGAAAACGGGAGAAUGGAUUAUUGGACAUUUAUUAAAAGUAUUUAAUAUUUUAGAUUGAAAGUAUAAUAUAUAUAUAUUAAUAUAUUUAUUACUGUCAACUGUAUGUCAUUAUUAAGCAAUAUUUAUACGUUUUGUAAUGCUGAAUACGUGUAUUUGUAAACAAAAAUAUCAUGCAUAUAAAUAAUCACUGAAACAACAAAA